CGACGACAAUAUCAUUUGAAAGUAAUCAAAGGACUUGCAAUAUGACAGUGCUCUCCAUGCUUCCAACACUCAGAGAGGCCCUAAUGCAGCAACUCAAUUCUGAAAGCCUCACAGCCCUGCUAAAAAACAGGCCUUCAAACAAACUAGAGAUAUGGGAAGAUCUGAAGAUAAUAAGUUUCACAAGAAGUAUCGUAGCUGUAUAUAGUACUUGUAUGCUGGUUGUUCUUUUGCGAGUCCAGUUAAACAUAAUUGGUGGCUAUAUUUACCUGGAUAAUGCAGCAGUUGGCAAAAAUGGCACCACAACUCUUGCUCCCCCAGAUGUCCAACAGCAAUAUUUAUCAAGUAUUCAACACCUCCUUGGAGAUGGUCUCACAGAACUAAUCACCGUCAUUAAACAAGCUGUGCAGAAGAUUUUAGGAAGUGUUUCUCUUAAAUACUCUUUAUCCCUUUUGGACCUGGAGCAAAAACUAAAAGAAAUAAGAAACCUCGUGGAGCAGCAUCAGUCUUCUUCUUGGGUUAAUAAAGAUGAAUCCAAAUCUUUGUUAUGCCAUUAUAUGAUGCCAGAUGAAGAAACCCCAUUAGCAGCUCAGGCCUGUGGGCUUUCUCCUAGAGAUAUUACUACUAUUAAACUGCUCAAUGAAACUAGAGACAUGUUAGAAAGUCCAGAUUUUAGUACAGUUUUGAAUACCUGUUUAAACCGAGGUUUUAGUAGACUACUAGACAAUAUGGCUGAGUUCUUUCGACCUACUGAACAGGACCUGCAACAUGGUGACUCCAUGAACAGUCUUUCCAGUGUGAGCCUGCCUUUAGCUAAGAUAAUCCCCAUAGUAAAUGGACAGAUCCAUUCAGUUUGCAGUGAAACACCUAGUCAUUUUGUUCAGGAUCUGCUGAUGAUGGAACAGGUGAAAGACUUUGCUGCUAAUGUGUACGAGGCUUUUAGUACUCCCCAACAACUAGAGAAGUGAUUUUUUCUUCGAGAAAAGCCACAGUGGAAUUUAUUUACUUAAAAAAAUACACUGAAUAAACCAACUAUAUAUAGGGUAAUGAUUUGUUACCAAAAUGCCUAAUAAAAAAUAUAUUCUUAAUCAAAGUCUUCAUUUCAUAAUAAAAGAUUUAAUUUACAUCUUAAUAUAUUUUUUUAAGUCAUCCACAAACUAGGUUUGUGGGUAUAUUUGUGUUUACACAGUGCAAAUACUGAACUAUUAAUAAUGUGUCACACCAUGAAUAGUAGUUCCAAGUUAUCUAGAAACUAAUGUAGAUUUUUUUUAAUACAAUAUGAAAUGCAGUAUACUUUCAUAUUAAUACUGAGUGAAAAAUCUUGGGGUUAGGUGAGAAGUUUGGAAAAUAUGCUAUUUAAUCCUAAAGUUCACUGGACUGCAAUAUAUGGGAAUGAAUCAGACUUUCUCCAAUUACUCUUUAUAAGAAUAAAUUAUUUAUUUCAAAUAUAGCUUGAUGAAGGAAUUUUCUUUUUUAUGGAAACGUGAAUUUAACAACUUAACAAUCAUGAUCAGCAAUUUUUAUCUACUGUUGUUAACAAGCUUUAGAAAAUUACAGUUUGAUUUCGAGGUAAAAUUGUGUUGAUGCUGUUUACUUAUACUUACUGUUAUUAAUUACAUACUUUCAUUUGUUUGUAAAUAAUUUUAAUAACUUCGUUUGUAUUGAUUUUGAGCACACUGAAUACCUUAUUGCAAUAAAAUAUUUUGGUAAAAUGUGGUUUUGUUGAG